UUUGCAAACAAGUUGUCAGGAAAGUGUCAUAAAAUUUACCAAAUAUACCCAGAAAAGUAAAAAGAUGCAGAGACAGAGGCGCAAAAGAUGCCUGGACAAGCCAAUGAAACGAUGGACAUUGCAAGAAGAAGGUAGAAUCCUUGACUUUAUCAUGGCCAAUCAACCAAUGGAGGUACCCACUGCAAGGGUUUACUACACCACACUGAUCAACAAUUGGAACUGGACAGUGGAACCCAAUUUAAUUCGCCACAAAGUUAAGAAUAUGAAAAAAGUUUACUACAAAAUGCUCGCUUGGCGCCAACAAGCAAUUGAGACGGGGGAUUAUGAUGAUGACAUGAUAAGGGAAUUUUUAAAAAGACGUUGCCCACAUUUCAAUAAAUUGCAGCAAUUAUUUUCGGAGGAUAUUAAGGCUAAGCAAGCAAUUGCAUCCACAAGAUCUUAUCAAAUGGAAGAGGACCUAUCACUGGAUCACCUAGAUAAUAUGGAUUCUGCGGAGGAAGAUGCAGUGAUGGAUGGUUUGAAAAUUGAAAUUGAAGAACCAGAUUCACCUCCAUCAGAAGAAAUGCCACAGUUCUAUCGUUCUGGAGAGUCGACAGAUCCUUUAAGGAAUCAGGAUUCCCCUGAAACGACUGAGCUCAAGAAGGAGCACUAUUCCCUGCAGUGGAUGAAGCUGGAGAUUGAAAAGGAGAGGCUGACGAUUGUCAGGGAAAAAAUUGCUCUGCAGAGGGAACAGAAUCAAGAAGAGGCUAGGUACAAGAUCCUGCAGCUUGAGCAGCAAGAACGGAUGAAGAAACUACAAAUUGAGAAGGAUGCUGAAGUGAAGAUGUUUGAACUGAAACUCAAGUACAAAGCUGAACCUAAACCGGAAAUGUAGAGUAGAGACAGAAGAAUUGCAGGGAUGGACCUUCCCUAGACCAUCGAUGAACUUUGGAGAGAAAUUAGGGGGAGACAAGGGGUUUUCUGUCUAAAUGCCCUCCCAAGUUCUUUGAGUAGAGAAAGAUGGUCAGAAUUGGGAGUAUAAAACAGCCUGGGAAACUCAGGAAAUUUAACAACCAAUCAGAAUAUUUCCCGCGCAAAUUUUUGUAAUUAACUGACAAUGAAAUGUGUAUAAUUUUGAAGUUACAUAAAUUAGUAAAUAAUUAAAUAAAA